AUGGAGAACACCUCUAGUGUCACAUCAAACAUCACUCACAUUGAAGGUUCCCUGCCUGACUACGUCCAAAGAACCAUGUUUGUUUGCGAUCACGUGUUGAUUCCAAUCAUUUGCAUGCUGGGUAUAGUUGGAAACGGACUCAGUUUGUGCGUUCUGACUCGAAGAGAAAUGGCGGCUGCCACCACGUGUUUUCUUACGGCAUUGGCAGUCUCUGACUUGCUGCUUCUGAUCCUACAGAUUCCAUUCUUCUUCGAACUGAACGGAGCCAUUGCUGGUAGCUUCUCUUUCAAGCGUUUUAUUCGGAUGUACGCCGUAAUUCGAUAUGUCAUGAACAACGUCUUCAUAACCUGCACUGGCUGGCUGACUGUAGCAGUGACCAUCGAGAGAUUCAUCUCCUUACGCUUCAUGUUCCAUCCCAAACUGGUCUGCACUAUAUUCCGAGCCCGCCUGGCAAUAAUCGGUAUCUUCAUUGCCUCGUUCAUCUUCCAUUUUUCUAAAUUUUUUGAGUAUAUACCAAAUCAAAAUCUGCACUCGCCGCGCCCACUACUCAUCACAGAGCUGAUUAAAACGCCGGAAUACGAAACUUACCUCCAUAUUGCCAACAUCGCUUUAGCCGCCAUUAUCCCCGUAUUUCUACUCAUCAUCGCUAACUCGUUCCUCAUGUACUUCUUGGCUACACACCGGCGUCGUAUGCUGCGUCACAAAGCAUCAUCAACCUCCAACAUGACUUCGGUGGAUAUGCUUCACGUCAGCGCUAUAGUCGUGGCAACGGUUCUCGUCUUUAUCCUAUGUCAUUCUGUUGGUGUUUUCCUAGCUCUUACCAUAGCUUCCAGAGGAAGGGAGUUUGUGUUCAAGCGACCACCAUAUCUGGCACUGAAACACAUCAACACAUUGCUCAUUAUGAUCAACUCCAGUGUCAACUUCUUGCUGUACUGCGCCAUCAGCUGCAAAUUUCGCAAAACGUUCAUAAUCGUAUUCAUAGGUCAGUUGAUUCGAAGAGACAACUGCACGUCCGCCAUACCACUCAGUGAAAACAGCACUGCCAAUACAGGAACGAUCCCUAGAACACCUAAAGGCAGGAUUUACACACCUUCACCCAAGGCUGCUAUUGCUAACGGCUCUUCUCAGAAUGGCCACAAUGUCGCAAGAACGGAGGUGUAG